UCCUUACGCUGGGCUUGUAGCGCCGUAUCGGCGCCCGCGCCCGCUGAGGGCUCGCGGCUCCGGCGCGCCUGGCGAGCUCCGGCCGUGCGCUGUGAGAAGGCCGGGCGGCGGGCGGUUAGCGCUCCGCUCGGCGGGCUGGGAGGAGCGGCACGCCGGGCGCUUCACGGCCUCGGCGGGCGGGUUCCGUAUCCCAGGACCUAAGCGGGUCGGUGCCCCAGCGCGGAAAGACGGGCGGCCGGGAUCCGUGGACCCGGACUGCCCCUGGCUGGGCAGUAGGCUGGGGCCAGGGGCCGACCAUGUCCGCUCGCGCCCGGGUGUCUGCCGCUCUCUCUCGGGAGGACCCGCCCGCCGUGGCCGCCGACCGGGAGGCGCUGUUGGCGGCGGCAAGCCGGCGGGCGGAGCAGCCGGCUCUUGGCGAGCGGGAGGGCAAGGAGGCGGCGAGGGAGGAGCGGGCCACGGCCACCAGCGCCGGGGCGCGGGGGGGGCCGUCGCCGGCGCUCGUGCUGGGACAUAGCGUGCCCCAAGCAGCCGUACCCGUGAGGCCGCUGGCGCUGCACCUGGCGCACAAGGCGCGCGGGCCAGGGGGUCCCUUCGGCGGGGAGGCCUUGCCACCUCCGCCGCCGCCGCCAGCACCGUCCCCACCCGAGGAUGCCCGCGACGACCCUGCGGCGGCCGGCCCCGAGGACAAGAAGCCGCCGCCUCCUAAAGAGAACCCUUGGACCAAGAAGCCGCCGCGGCACCUGUCCCCCGUCGGCACCGCUGCGCCGCCGCCCGUGGAGGACGCCCCGGAGGCCGAGCUCAAUUCCCCCAAAAUUAUAAAAGCAGGGAAACUCAAGACAAAGAAAUCCAACAAGGCUAGUGAUUUCAGUGAUAUGGCAAACUGGCCAACACCAGGUGAAUUAGUGAACACAGGGAUCACUCUUUUGCAGUCUCCAAGUGUUAUCAGUCAAGGAAAUAAGAAGCCACAAGUUAGAAAAGAAAAAGAAGAGAAGAUUGAAAAAAGAAGCAACAGUGAAAGCAAAGAAAACCGGGAAGCAAAACUAGAUGGUCCAGCUGAAAAUGUCAGCGAAGAUGAGGCUCAGUCCAGUAACCAGCGGAAGAGAGCUAAUAAGCACAAGUGGGUACCACUCCACUUAGAUGACGUGAGACCAGACAGUCAGGAAAGACCCGGGUCCCGGAACAGCUCUAGAUGUCAGCCUGAAGCAAAUAAAUCAGCACACAAUAAUAGGAAAAGUGAUACGCGAAGUUGGAGACGAGAUAGAGAAAAGAGAGAUGAUCAAGAUGAAGUGUCCAGUGUGAGAAGUGAGGGUGGUACCAUCCGAGGUUCCACUAGAGGCAGAGGCAGAGGAAGAGGACGAGGAAGAGGCCGAGGCAGAGGAAACCCUCGAUUGAACUUUGAUUAUUCAUAUGGUUAUCAAGAACAUGGUGAAAGGACUGAUCAGCCAUUUCCAACAGAGCUUAAUACCAGUAUGAUGUAUUACUAUGAUGAUGGCACAGGUGUACAGGUGUAUCCUGUGGAAGAAGCACUACUGAAAGAAUACAUUAAGCGCCAAAUUGAGUACUACUUCAGUAUAGAGAAUUUGGAAAGAGACUUCUUUCUUCGGAGAAAGAUGGAUGAACAGGGUUUCUUGCCUAUUUCACUGAUUGCUGGUUUUCACCGAGUUCAGGCUCUUACCACAAACCUUAAUCUCAUCUUGGAGGCGCUGAAGGAUAGCACAGAAGUAGAAAUUGUGGAUGAGAAAAUGAGGAAAAAGAUAGAACCAGAAAAAUGGCCAAUCCCAGGCCCUCCUCCACGACAUGUGCCACAAACAGAUUUCUCUCAGCUGAUUGACUGUCCAGAGUUCAUACCAGGCCAAGCCUUUGGCUCACAUACAGAGUCUGCCCCAAAUUCUCCAAGAAUUGGAAGUCCACUGAGCCCCCCCAAAAAUACUGAAACUAAUAUUCUUCAAGCAAUGUCUAGAGGUUUGUCUACCAGCUUACCUGACUUGGACUCAGAACCAUGGAUAGAAGUGAAAAAGAGGCAUCGCCCAUCCCCAGUGAAGUUAAAGGAAUCAAUAUCUGUACCUGAAGAUACAUCAAAUCAACUAAAUCUUCCAGAAGAACAAGAACAAGAAGAACUUGAUUUUUUAUUUGAUGAAGAGAUGGAACAGAUAGAAAGACAGAAAAACACAUUUACUGAUUGGUCUGAUAAUGAUUCAGAUUAUGAAAUUGAUGACCAGGAUUUAAAUAAGAUUUUGAUUGUAACUCAGACACCACCUUAUAUGAGAAAGCAUCCUGGAGGCGACCGAGCAGGCACCCACACGUCACGGACAAAAAUCACAUCAGAACUUGCUAAAGUGAUCAAUGAUGGUUUAUAUUACUAUGAACAGGAUCUGUGGAUGGAAGAUGAAAACACAUACACAGCCAUAAAGCCAGAAGUUGAGAACUUUAAGAAGCUAACUCUCAUUAGUAAAGAGCAGUUUGAAAAUCUAACACCUGAGCUUCCUUUUGAGCCAAACCAAGAAGUUCCUGUAGCACCUUCACAGUCCAGGCAAGAAAUAACUUCAGGACUGGUGGUUCACACGCUGCCCACAGCAGUUCCAGAGUCUCCUAGGAUUCAUCUUGCAAGGACACCCAAAACUCCCCGAACACCCCGGUUACAAGAUCCUAAUAAAACACCAAGAUUUUAUCCUGUUGUCAAAGAACCAAAAACCAUCAAUGUAAAGAGUCCAAGAAAGAGGAAAACGAGGCACAGUACAAACCCCCCUUUAGAGUGUCAUGUUGGUUGGGUGAUGGACUCCAGGGAUCAUGAACCAAAACCAUCCUCUGUCAGCAGUUCAAAUGCUUCACCUUCAGAAGGUGCACCACUCAUGGGAAGCUGUGGGUGCACACCUCACUCAUUCCCAAAGUUCCAACAUCCUUCUCAUGAGCUGCUGAAGGAAAAUGGCUUUACCCAACAAGUGUAUCACAAGUAUCGUCGAAGAUGUCUAAGUGGUAUGGGUUAGAAUGUCUUUUCAGGUUUUAUAGUUAUGGACUGGAAAAAAAAUUCAGACAAGAAAUUUUUAAGGAUUUUCAAGAAGAAACCAAAAAAGACUACGAAUCUGGCCAGCUGUAUGGGCUAGAAAAGUUCUGGGCCUAUCUGAAAUAUUCUCAAUCUAAGACACAGUCUGUUGACCCAAAACUUCAGGAAUACCUCUGUAGUUUUAAGAAGUUAGAAGACUUCCGUGUUGAUCCCCCUAUUAGUGAGGAACUUGGAAGAAAAAGACAUUCAUCUACUUCUGGGGAGGAGAGUAAUCACCGUAGACUUCCGUCUCACUCCUCUACAGUGCCAGAUGCUAAGCCUACAUCUACCAGUGAGCUGCAGGUCCCAACAUACUCACCAAGGAGGAAUCCAUGGGAGCCCACGGGCAGCUCACACCAGGACAGUGCUGCCUUGGCCUCGACCAAGACUGAAAUACCUGAGAAAUAAAUGCUUACAAAAGUUGUGUGUUCUUGAAAUCAACAUUUAUAUCAGUAUUUAUGUGGGAAAGAUCCUCUGAUGUUUAAUUGUGAUAAUCCAAAAAAACAAAAAGGAAGAAAAGUGGUAGUCUUUCUUUCUAGCAAGGUAAAUCCCACAAAUGUUUUCCAUGGUGUCAAAAACAAGGAUAGUUGGGUGACCUUAUUGAGAUCCUGUAGUAAUGCAUUUGGCCUCAGUAUUUCUUGAAAGCCAUUGUUUACAAGAACAGAAUUCCUUAAAUACAAUUUUUUAAAAAAAGAAAAACAAGGAAUGCCUAACAUUUCAGCUGUUACUUCUUAAAAAAGAUACAGUAUGUUGUAUCCAUCUCUUCUCUAGAGCCCCAAAAGAAUCAGAUCACCCCACUAUGAAUUCACAUUUGAAUGCAUCAAAAGCAAAGGAAGAUUACAUAUAUAUUUUUUAAAUUCAGAAAAUGGAUAUGAUACACAUUUUUCCUGUAGAUAGAUAGUUUGAAGGAAUUUUUUUAUAAAAAUAGGACUAUAUAGUAAGACUGUAGUUAUAUCAAAGCUUGAAGCUUGUGCACUUUUGAUUUUGCUUCCUCCCCACCCCCUCAGUCAUACCUCAUGAUUUUCAGUGUCUUGAUGUGGAAUUUUCUGAAUUUGCAUAAGUUGGGUAUAUAUUCUGAGAUAUUUACUUUUGUGAUUCUACGUAAACUUGCACAUAUAAUUUAAAAUCAUUAGGUUCUGUUGGAAUAUUGCUGUAAAUAAAUUAGUCUGUUUUGAAUGUGUCUGCUGUUUAUCUGUCUUUGAGUGGGUAUGUCACAAGCAGUCAGAUCACCAUUCUUUAAGAAGAGCAUUUAGGUUUUUUUCUUUUUGUUCCGUUUAAUUUUUAUUUUAUUCUCAUAACUGUUUUCAAGAGUUGUAACAAACUGAUUUCUCAUUUUUAGUGCUAUUGCAACAAUGUAAAUGAUAGUUUCCAUUUUGU